AUAUAUAUAUAUAUAUAUAUAUAUCAUAUCUGGCUACAUCUUCACCUUCGAUCAACUGAUUCAAAAUGUAUGACGCUGAUGCGAAAGCUCAUCCUCAUCAUGGACAAUGGACCACAGGUUUAUGUGGAUGCUUCGAAGAUCCUGGAAAUUGUUGCAUAAGCUGUUGCUGUCCAUGCAUUACCUUUGGUCAAAGUGCUGAAGUCAUAGACAGAGGAAAUACAUCUUGUGCGUGUGCGGGUUUAGUGUUCUAUGCUCUGUCGUACGUGGGAUGUGUGUGCUUGUAUUCAUUCACGUAUAGAAGCAAACUGAGAGGCCUUUUUAACUUACCCGAAGAGCCAUGCAAUGAUUGCUGCAUUCACUUCUGGUGCACUUCUUGUGCUAUUUGCCAAGAAUAUAGAGAGCUCAGAAACCGUGGAAUCGACCCCUCCUUAGGUUGGACUGGGAAUGAAGAAAGAAUGAACAGAGCCACUCAAGUGCCUCCAAAAGUAGCACCAGGCAUGGCUCGCUAGAAAUUUCUCCCUCAACUUUCUUGGCUCUUCUUCUCAAUGUUCGAUUCUGUUCUAUAUAAGUUCUGUAAUUCCUUGAGUUUGUUUAAUUUCUUCUGUGUGAAGUGAUGAUUGAUUACGUUAUUGGAUUUGUAUUAAUGUGUUAUUCGUAUUAAUUAACAUGAAUAAAAUAUAUACCCUCCGUCCCAAAUUAUAAGACACUUUUAGAAAAGAUUCAA